CAACGUAAAUAACAUUAUAAACUAAACGCAGCAGAAAUCAGAAACAAUGGACCCGAAGACAGAGGGAAUAAUCUUUGUGCUCGGCGCCCCGGGGGCUGGAAAAGGGACACUCUCUUCGAAACUUGCCAGCGACUACGGCUUCAAGCAUCUCUCGAUUGGAGAUCUUCUAAGACAAGUGGUGGCAUCUCCAGACGCAGACAAGACAGUUGUAGAGUAUGUGCGCCGAGGGGAGCUCGUUACUACAAGUCUACUUUUCCAAAUUUUGAAGCCUCAUAUUGAAGGAGGAGGCACUAUCAUCUUGGAUGGCUUCCCUCGACGCCUGGAUCAAGCAAAAGAAUUCGAGAAUCAGUUUCAACUCCCCGUGCUUGUUCUAUUCUUCAACUGUCCUAAAGAUUUGGCCGAGAAACGUGUGAUCAAUAGAAAGCACGGUCGGGAAGGAGAUAACGUGGAAACAUUUAGGAAGAGACAUGCGGAAUUUUUGGAACUGAAUCCUCCUCUACUUUGUAACUACGAACAGAUGGGGAAGCUCAUCACGGUGGACACUCAAGAUUUUACUCAGAAAUCCUACGAGACACUUAUCAAGUUGCUACAGGCUAGACAGGAAUGGGUUUCUUUGAUCCCAGUCAAGUAG